AUGGGUGGCAGCGGACGUCGUUUGCAGCAUGGGUUCCAGAAGUGCUCCAAGUGCCAGUACACGUGGACGUGGCGCACACGUUCGGCCUGCUUCAACUGCGGCCACUGCCUCUCGCCCGCGCCCUCGCCCGCCAGGUCGCCUGAUGGUGCGUGGUCCGACCGGGCAGCGAGCGCCGACGCAGCCGCUGGCCGUGCUCGGCCUGCCUUUCGGCCACCGUGGCAGGAGGCCAAGCUGCGGCCCGACACGCGGCAGGUGCGGGAGGAGACGCUGCUCGAGACCAUCAAGCGCCGCAAGGAGGAGCUCCCCCCGGAGGCGUCCCAGGCCUUGGCGGGCCUCGAGGCGGCGCUCCAGCAGCCCACGGCCACGGCGCCCAAGCCCGAGCUGCCCGACGAGGCCGCCCAGCGGGCAUGGGGAGCGGCGCGUCGUGCGACCAAGGCGCUCAACGAGGCCCUCGACGCCACCGAGGGGGCCUGCGCCUGGCUCGCCAAGUGCCAGGCCAAGGAGGACGAGCUUGCGGCGGAGUACGCGCUCGCCCUCGAGGAGCAGGCGAGGGCCAUCGCACACGCCAAGGGCUGCCUCAAAGGCGAGCAGGCCACUCCAGCAUCGGUCUCGGUCAACCUGUCCUCCGUCCUCGAGGGGAGGGAGGGCCUCAACUUCGAGCUCGGGGUCGCCUUCGACCUCGACGGCAUCUCGCUCACGGAGCAGGAGCAGGCCGACUGGGAGAAAACGCUGGAGCAGUUCAAGCAGGACUUCACAAAGCAGGUGGAGGCGAUGUUCAAGCCCGCGGCUGAGGAGCUCGAGAAGCGGAGAGAGGGCCUCAAGAAGAUGCAGGAGGAGUUCCGCGCCAAGACCAAGAAGCGGCGGAUGGACUCUGAAGCUGCUCGGCCUGGUGGUGAACCUGACCCUCCUGGCGACGAACAGCGAGGCGCUGGGGGCGACGCAGCAGGACAUACCAGCGACGCGGCUCCUGGGACGCCCAGCCAGCCUGAGGCCGCCCCAGCCCCCAGACAGCCCCAGCUGUCGGCAGAGCGGCUCGCAGAGCUCAAGAAGGCCGCGAGGGAGCCGUUCACGUUCGACUCCGCCAACGGCUCAGGCUGGGGACCCCUCACGACCAUAUGGGGCAGGCCUCAGGAGAGGGCUCAGGAGCUGGCCAGGGAGGUGCGGUCUGGGCGGCGCGAGGCGCCGCUCAGCCCUUGCGAGGCGCCGCCGCUGGGCGGCGCACUUGCCUCCACAUCGAUGGGGCUCAAGCGAGGAGGAGCGCUGGCGGCCAGCGUCUACCUCGACAUCGACCGCCAGGGUCCUGCGUCACGGGAGGUGCUGCGCACGCUGGGGCACGCGCUGAGAGCGGUGAGAGGCCAGGUCGCAUGCAACGAAGAGGGCCUCGGCACCUGCCACGUCGCGGCCGACGCGCCGCCAUCCGAGCUCGACUACUUCAUCGUGGCCAUCAUGUUCGACGACUGCUCCCUGCGCCACACUGGCUCGGAGGCGCAGGUGGGCAUCAUGCUAGGCAAGGCGGCGUGCGCCGUCAUCAGGGGCCUGGAGGGGGGCAUAGGCGCGGUGGUCUCCAGGGACAAGUGCGAGAUCCUGGGCACCACCGAGAGGUUGCACCGCCUCAGCGAGUACCACAUGGACGAGGGCUCCUUCGCGCAUGCCAAAGAGACCAGGAACUUGGGAGUGCGCUACGCCAUGGGCGCCAGAACGGGGGAGGUGGCUGCUGGCCGACGCCAAGCCGCCGCGGCCCAGCCCGGCCGUGCCCACCAGGUACGACGGGCAAGGAAGGAAGCGGCAGUCAAGCUCGUCAAUGCUGGACUUAAGCCCGCUACAUCAUACGAUAUCUCUUGCAUAGCCUGGUCGUCACCGGCGCUGGCGGGAUGGAGGUCCAAGCUCGCAGCCAGCGCCUUCGGCACGGGGCCUGGCAGGAGCACAUGCCUCAGCUACCUGCUGGCCGCGAAGCCGUGGGACGACCCGCUCUUCGAACACAUCGCCAAGCCCAUGGAGGCGUGGGCGAGGGCGCUGCAGCAGGUCAAGGAGCAGGACAGGCGCGCCCUCGGCUCGGCCUUGGCGGCGGCGCGCGAGCGCCUCACCGCCAGCGGGCCGCAGCGGCGCUGGACGGACGACCUUGGGAGGAUCCUAGACCUGCGCGAGACCGACAGGCACGCGUUCCAACGCGAAGUACAGGCUGCCCUUAUCAGGAAGCUCUGGAGGGACGCGGCGAGCCACGACCCGCUGCGGGGCCACCUGAAGGACGGCGCGGCCAUCAACGGCCUGAGGAGGCGGCUGGCGAAGCAGCUCGCUGACCACGCCCUUGCUUCGCGGCGGUCCUCGGCCAGGCAAUGGGAGGCAGACGACCUCAACAUCAGCUACUUCUACGACACAGGCGGCCCGCUGGACUCGGACGCGGAGCACGCCAUCUGGUCGCGGUGCCUGGUCAAGGACCCGCGCAGUGACCUCCCCCUGCCGCUCACGGCGCGCAUUGUGCGCACAGCGGGGCCGUGGGCGGGCGAGCCGCUCCAUGGAGAGGUCUUCCUGGACGGUGCGGCGGCCCACGCCCAG